AUGCACCACUUGCAAGAGGUUUUAAACCAUCAAGAUAAGAAAUAUCCAGAGAGGAUGGUAAAAUUAUUAAUGCAGAGUUUUUAUGUGGAUAAUUGUGUGACAAGUGUGCCAAACGAGAAAGAACUUGAACUCUUCAUUGAGGUUGCGACCAAUGUCAUGGCUGAGAGAAAUUUUCAACUAAGAGGCUGGGAAAGCACAUGUUUAAAGGAUAAAAGCGCUCCUGUCACGAAUGUUUUAGGAUUACAGUGGGACAAAGGUCUGGAUACUUUGGGUAUAAAUAUGAACAGCCUGAAGGAACUUUGUGUAGAGAAUGUGACGAAGAAAACUAUUCUUUCUGCAGCUCAUCGUAUCUUCGAUCCUAUUGGUGCAACUUGUCCUGUUGCAUUGUUUCCAAAACUGCUGCUACAGAAAACUUGGGAGCGAAAAUUGAAUUGGGAGGAAGAAGUGGACUCCAAUACUAGAGAAGAGUUUCUGAAGUGGAUGAGAGACAUAUUUCAUCUCGAAAAGGUGCAAAUUCCUCGACAUUUAAAAACUGGUGAUGCGAAUGAGAAAUGUUCCUUGCAUUUUUUCAGUGAUGCGAGCAUGUAUGCUUAUGUAGCAGUAGCUUUUCUUCGAGUUGAGACGAGUCAGUAUGUCAAAGUUCAGUUGUUAAGUGCUAAAGCCAGAGUUUCCCCAACGGGAAAGAAGAAGACCACUAUUGCAAGACUAGAUGAUAACUUGGAUAAAAAGAGAAGAUGCUUGGAGUACCUUCGUACAAGCAUCAUCAGAACUUUGACUUCCAAAGAAAAUUGGAGACAUGUGCCUGGUUCAUUUAAUCCUGCCGAUCUUCCAAGUAGAGGUUGUUCUGCCAAGAAACUAGUGCAGUCCAAAUGGUGGGAGGGCCCUGAUUGGCUAUAUUUACCUGCUGAUCAAUGGCCAUUCUCAGAUGUAGUAAUCAAUGAAGAUGAAGUGCUGAAGGAACGAAAGAAAACUCUUUUGUCUACCCCGACUGCCUGUUUGAGUGCUCACGCCAUCGAAAACGUGAACACGGAAGAACCUGAUUGGUACUAUAGUUACUUUUCCCAAUAUGAGAAAAUUGUGCGUAUGAUCGGCUGGAUAUUGAGAUUUUUUAGAAACUGUAAAAAACCAAAAGAAUUGAGAAAAUGUGAUAUUCUGGAUGCAGAGGACUUUGAAGAAGCGGAGAAAAUAGUAAUAAAGAUCAUUCAAAGUGAAACAUUCAUUAACGAGAAAGACGAGAAAUUGAAAACUUUAAGAGUUUACAAAGAUGAGGAUGGCAUCAUCAGAUUGAGAACAAAAAUUGAGUAUCGCGAAGACAGCCAUUCUUUUCGAAGACCUGUAGUCCUUCCUUCUCAACACCAUGUUGUGAAACUUUUAAUAGUUUCUUUUCACAAUAGACAUGGACAUGUGGGGACUCAAAUGCUACUUAACCUUCUGAGAGAACAUUUUUGGAUCUUAAAUGGCAGAAAAACUGUGCGAUCGAUCAUCUCAAAAUGUGUUAUCUGCAAGAGGCAUUCUGGAAAAAAUUUAGAUGCAGAGCCAGCCCUAAUUACCAAAGAUCGAAUCAGAGACACUGCUGUAUUCGAAAUUGUAGGAGUGGACUUAGUUGGCCCAUUGUACUUGAAAGAUGAGAAAAAGACUUGGGUUUGUCUUUUCACAUGCGCGGUGUACAGAGCUGUACAUCUUGAGCUUCUAUCAGGCAUUUCCACUGACACAUUUUUGUUGGCCCUGCGCAGAUUUGUGGCAAGAAGAGGUAGAUGUUCAUUUAUCUACUGUGACAAUGGAACAAACUUUAUUGGUGCUAGUAAUUUGCUCCGUUCUUUAGACUGGAGCCGGAUCGUUGAGAACGGAGCAAUAAAUCGCAUUAAAUGGAAAUUUAACCCCCCUACUGCAUUCUGGUGGGGAGGUUGGUGGGAGAGGUUGAUUCGAGUUAUGAAAAAUGUACUAAAGAGGGUGUUAGGUCAUGCCUUUUUGUCUUAUGAGGAGAUGAUCACGGUUCUCUGCGACUGUGAAUCGAUAAUCAACUCGAGACCUCUCACCUAUAUUUCAGAAAGAGAUACAGAUUUUGUUCCACUGUCACCAUCAUUAUUCCUACAAGACAUUAGAGAAGUUGGAGUGCCCGACUGUGAUGCAGCAGAUCACAAAAGCCUAAGUAAAAGGAUAAAAUAUCGUCUUGCUUUGCAAAAGGACCUUAGGAAAAGAUUCAGGUCUGAGUAUUUAGGUUCGUUGAUUCAAAGACCAAAGCUUCAAAAUAAGUCGAUUAUUUCUGUUGGUGAUGUUGUUCUUGUAGGAAACGAUAAUCAAAAGCGUAUCAACUGGCCCUUGGGACGUGUGACAGAAAUCAUCCCCGGAAAAGAGGGAAUUACCAGACUCGUGAGACUUAAAACAGCCCUUGGAGAAAUACUAAGACCGAUUCAACGACUGUUUCCAUUGGAGAUAACUUAUGAUGUGGCUAAGGAUGUCAGAGCUAAAGUGCAACAAGAGCAAGUUACUCCUAAAGUGCAACAACAGCAAGUUACUCCUAAAGUGCAACAACAGCAAGUUACUCCUAAAGUGCAACAAGAGCAAUCUGCUCAUGAAGUGUCGCAGACACGAGUAUUAGAUCCUGAAGGUCCCAUUUCAGAAACUGUGAAAACUCGAUCUGGAAGAAUCAUACAUGGACCAAAAAGACUCGAUUUGUGA